AUGAACAAAAACGGAACAGCUAAAAUGAAUGAUAAUCAAAUUAAAGCAGAAGGUAGAAGGUUAUUUAAACGCUUCUAUAACAUUCCUGAUGGUGUUAAUCCUAAAACUCGUAGAAGCUAUUUAAAUGAAGCAAUAGAUGCAUAUGAAGGGUUUGACAUUUCAUCAGAAAGUGAGAGAUUAGCGAGAAUGUUAAAUGUUAAUAUUGAUUUCUAUUAUUGUGAUCCUCAACCAGAAGACGUGGACAUAAAUAAGGUAGACUUUCCAUUAGUGGAAUCAAUAAUGAUAGAUCCAGAAUUUGAAACAGUAAAUAUUUUAUUAACACAGAGUCCAUGUGGAAAACUUCACGCUGACAGAAUAACAGACGUUGAAGCACUCACCGGCUAUAAAGUUUGUCCAUAUUGUAAAGAAGAAGUUUAUUCUAUCCGCGAUGAUCCAGAAAGGAAAAACCAAAGAAGAUUUUUAAAGCAUUGUGAGAAAUGUAAAGAAAAUAAUGGGAGAUUAAUUCAAGACGUUCAGUUGCAAAAGACACAGCAACCAUAUGCACCACAUAUUAAUUCAAGACGAAGAUUUGACACAAUAGCUGAAUUUGUUAGAUAUAUUAACGGUAAUGUAUUAGUUGAAGUUGACAAUAAAUUAAUAGAAAUUCCGAUUUAUUUUAUUACUCCAUUAUAUUUAAAUAAUAUUUAA